GGGCGGGGAGAGCGGGCCGCGCGGCGCCAUGUCGGCCAAGGUGCGGCUGAAGAGGCUGGAGCAGCUGCUCCUGGACGGGCCGUGGCGCAACGAGAGCGCCCUGAGCGUGGAGACGCUGCUCGACGUGCUGGUGUGCCUGUACACCGAGUGCAGCCACUCGGCCCUGCGGCGCGACAAGUACGUGGCCGAGUUCCUCGAGUGGGCUAAACCGUUCACACAGCUGGUGAAGGAAAUGCAGCUCCAUCGAGAAGACUUUGAGAUAAUCAAAGUGAUCGGAAGAGGCGCUUUCGGUGAGGUUGCUGUUGUCAAAAUGAAGAACACUGAACGAAUUUAUGCCAUGAAGAUCCUCAACAAGUGGGAGAUGCUUAAAAGAGCAGAGACCGCUUGUUUCCGAGAGGAGCGGGACGUGCUGGUGAACGGCGACUGCCAGUGGAUCACCACGCUGCACUACGCUUUUCAGGACGAGAACUACCUGUACUUGGUCAUGGAUUACUACGUGGGGGGCGAUCUGCUGACCCUGCUCAGCAAGUUUGAGGACAAGCUUCCGGAGGACAUGGCGAGGUUCUACAUUGGUGAGAUGGUGCUGGCCAUCGACUCCAUCCACCAGCUCCAUUACGUGCACAGGGACAUCAAGCCUGACAACGUACUUUUGGACGUGAAUGGUCACAUCCGCCUGGCCGACUUUGGGUCGUGUUUGAAGAUGAACGAUGAUGGAACUGUCCAAUCCUCUGUGGCUGUGGGCACGCCCGACUACAUCUCCCCAGAGAUCCUGCAGGCCAUGGAGGACGGCAUGGGCGCAUACGGGCCCGAGUGUGACUGGUGGUCUCUGGGCGUCUGCAUGUAUGAGAUGCUCUAUGGAGAAACCCCCUUUUAUGCUGAGUCGCUGGUGGAGACCUACGGCAAGAUCAUGAACCAUGAGGAGCGAUUUCAGUUCCCCUCCCAUGUCACGGACGUCUCUGAAGAAGCCAAGGACCUCAUCCAGAGGCUGAUCUGCAGCAGAGAGCGCCGGCUGGGGCAGAAUGGGAUAGAGGACUUCAAAAAGCACGCGUUCUUUGAAGGCCUGAACUGGGAAAACAUCCGGAACCUGGAAGCCCCGUACAUCCCUGACGUGAGCAGCCCUUCCGACACCUCCAACUUCGACGUGGACGACGACGUGCUGAGAAACACUGAAAUCCUACCUCCUGGUUCUCACACAGGUUUUUCUGGAUUACAUUUGCCAUUCAUUGGUUUUACAUUUACAACAGAAAGCUGUUUCUCUGAUCGAGGCUGUCUGAAGAACACCAUGCAGACCCACACGUUAGCCGAGGACGAGGACGUGCAGCGGGACCUGGAGAACAGCCUGCAGGUCGAGGCCUACGAGAGGAGGAUCCGCAGGCUGGCGCAGGAGAAGCUGGAGCUGAGCCGGAAGCUGCAAGAGUCCACCCAGACCGUGCAGUCUCUUCACGGCUCCACUCGGGCCCUGAGCAGUUCCAGCCGAGACAAAGAAAUCAAAAAGCUCAACGAAGAGAUUGAACGUCUGAGGAGUAAGGUAGCAGAUUCGAGCAGGCUGGAGCGGCAGCUGGAGGACACAGUCUCGCUUCGCCAGGAGCACGAGGACUGCACGCAGCGGCUGAAGGGCCUGGAGAAGCAGUGCCGCACGGCACGGCAGGAGAAGGAGGACCUGCACAAGCAACUGGUAGAAGCGUCAGAGCGGCUGAAAUCCCAGGCCAAAGAACUCAGAGAUGCGCAUCAGCAGCGGAAGCUGGCCCUGCAGGAGUUCUCCGAGCUCAACGAGCGCAUGGCGGAACUCCGCUCCCAGAAGCAGAAGGUGUCCCGGCAGCUGCGGGACCGAGAGGAGGAGGUGGAGGUGGCCAUGCAGAAGAUGGACUCGCUGCGGCAGGAGAUGCGCAAGUCCGAGAAGCUCAGGAAAGAGCUGGAGGCUCAGCUCGAAGACGCCGUCGCCGAGGCCUCCAAGGAACGCAAGCUUCGUGAGCACAGCGAGAGCUUCUCCAAGCAGAUGGAGAGCGAGCUGGAGGCCCUCAAGGGGAAGCAGGGCGGCCGGGGGCCGGGGGCGGCCCUGGAACAUCAGCAGGAGAUCUCCAAAAUCAAGUCUGAGCUGGAGAAGAAAGUCUUGUUUUAUGAAGAGGAAUUGGUCCGGCGCGAGGCCUCGCACGUGCUGGAGGUGAAGAGCGUGAAGAAGGAGGUGCAUGACUCAGAGAGCCAGCAGCUGGCCCUGCAGAAGGAGAUCCUGAUGCUGAAAGACAAGCUGGAAAAGGCAAAACGGGAACGGCAUACUGAGAUGGAGGAGGCGGUGGGCACCAUCAGAGACAAGUAUGAGCGGGAAAGAGCGAUGCUGGUCGAUGAAAACAAGAAGUUAACAGCUGAGAAUGAAAAGCUUUGUUCCUUUGUGGACAAACUCACGGCUCAAAACAGACAGCUGGAGGGCGAGCUGCAGGACCUGGCCUCCAAGAAGGAGUCCGCCGCGCACUGGGAAGCCCAGAUCGCAGAAAUCAUUCAGUGGGUCAGCGACGAGAAGGACGCCCGGGGCUACCUUCAGGCUCUGGCUUCUAAGAUGGCGGAGGAGCUCGAGGCUCUGCGGAGCUCCAGCCUGGGGACCAGGACACUGGACCCGCUCUGGAAAGUGCGGCGCAGUCAGAAGCUGGACAUGUCUGCACGGCUGGAGCUGCAGUCGGCGCUUGAGGCAGAGAUCCGGGCCAAGCAGCUCGUGCAGGAGGAGCUGAGGAAGGUCAAAGACGCAAAUCUCUCCUUCGAGAGCAAACUGAAGGACUCUGAAGCCAAAAACAGGGAAUUACUAGAAGAGAUGGAAAAUUUGAAGAAAAAGAUGGAAGAAAAAUUCAGAGCAGACACUGGGCUCAAACUUCCAGACUUUCAGGAUGCUAUUUUUGAAUAUUUCAACACUGCACCUCUUGCACAUGACCUGACGUUCAGAAGCAGCUCAGCCAGUGAGCAGGAAGCGCAGGCUGCAAAGCCAGAGCCCUCGCCCUCACCCUCGCCCUCUGUGGCCACCAGCACCGAGCAGCAGGAGGACCUGGCGCGACCGCCACAAAGGCUGCCUGCCGUGCCGCUGCCCACCACGCCGGCCCUCGCCCUGGCUGGACCAAAGCCCAAGGCCCACCAGUUCAGCAUCAAGUCCUUCUCCAGCCCCACACAAUGCAGCCACUGCACCUCCCUGAUGGUCGGGCUCAUUCGCCAGGGCUACGCCUGCGAGGUGUGUUCCUUUGCGUGCCACGUCUCCUGCAGAGACAGCGCCCCCCAGGUGUGCCCCAUCCCUCCCGAGCAGUCCAAGAGGCCUCUUGGCGUGGACGUACAGAGGGGCAUAGGAACAGCCUACAAGGGCUACGUCAAGGUCCCAAAGCCCAGCGGGGUGAAGAAGGGCUGGCAGCGGGCGUACGCGGUGGUGUGUGACUGCAAGCUCUUCCUGUACGACCUGCCUGAGGGGAAGUCCACCCAGCCCGGGGUCAUCGCCAGCCAGGUCCUGGACCUCAGAGACGAAGAGUUUUCCGUGAGCUCAGUCCUGGCCUCAGAUGUCAUCCACGCCACGCGCCGAGACGUCCCGUGUAUAUUCAGGGUGACGGCCUCUCUCUUAGGUACGCCUUCCAAGACCAGCUCCCUGCUCAUUCUGACAGAGAACGAGAACGAGAAGAGGAAGUGGGUGGGGAUUCUAGAAGGACUGCAGUCCAUCCUCCAUAAAAACCGGCUGAGGAACCAGGUGGUACACGUCCCGCAGGAAGCCUACGACAGCUCGCUGCCGCUCAUCAAGGCUGUGCUGGCGGCGGCCAUCGUGGAUGGAGACCGGAUAGCAGUUGGCCUGGAAGAGGGACUGUACGUCAUUGAGGUCACCCGAGACGUGAUCGUCCGCGCCGCUGACUGUAAGAAAGUGCACCAGAUCGAGCUUGCUCCCAAAGAGAAGAUGGUCGUCCUCCUGUGUGGCCGCAGCCACCACGUGCACCUCUACCCGUGGUCCUCCCUGGAUGGAGCAGAAGGCAGCUUUGACAUCAAGCUCCCGGAAACCAAAGGCUGCCAGCUCAUAGCCACGGCCACCCUGAAGAGGAGCUCUGCGACCUGCCUCUUUGUGGCCGUGAAGCGGCUCGUCCUCUGCUAUGAGAUCCAGAGGACUAAGCCCUUCCACAGAAAGUUCAGUGAGCUCGCGGCCCCCGGACAUGUGCAGUGGAUGGCCGUGUUCAAGGACAGGCUGUGUGUUGGCUACCCUUCUGGGUUCUCUCUGUUGAGCAUCCAGGGAGACGGGCAGUCUCUCAACCUGGUAAAUCCCAAUGACCCCUCGCUUACGUUCCUCUCACAACAGUCUUUUGAUGCCCUUUGUGCUGUGGAGCUCAAAAGUGAGGAGUACCUGCUUUGCUUCAGCCACAUGGGACUGUACGUGGACCCACAAGGCCGGAGGUCACGCAUGCAGGAGCUCAUGUGGCCUGCGGCUCCUGUCGCCUGUAGUUGCAGCCCUUCCCACGUCACGGUGUACAGCGAGUAUGGCGUCGACGUCUUUGACGUGCGCACCAUGGAGUGGGUGCAGACCAUCGGCCUGCGGAGGAUAAGACCACUGAACUCCGAUGGCUCCCUCAACCUCCUCGGCUGUGAGCCCCCACGCCUGAUCUACUUCAAGAGCAAGUUCGCGGGUGCGACGCUCAAUGUGCCCGACACCUCCGACAACAGCAGGAAGCAGAUGCUUCGAACCAGAAGCAAAAGGCGCUUUGUCUUCAAGGUCCCAGAGGAGGAGCGGCUGCAGCAGCGGCGAGAGAUGCUCAGAGAUCCAGAAUUGAGAUCCAAAAUGAUCUCCAACCCAACCAACUUCAACCACGUGGCACACAUGGGCCCCGGCGACGGCAGGCAGGUGCUCAUGGACCUGCCUCUGAGUGCUGUGCCCACUGCCCAGGAGGAAAAGCCUGGCCCUGCUCCUGCCGGCCUGUCCCGGCAGCCUCCGUCUAGGAACAAGCCCUACGUCUCAUGGCCCUCGUCAGGGGGGUCGGAGUCCGGGGUGACAGGGCCUCUGAGAAGCAUGUCCGACCCUGACCAGGACUUCGACCGAGAGGACGCACGCAGUAGUUCACCACGAGACGCUGACCACCACACACCACGGCGAGCGCCACAGACGUGGACCACGAAGACCAGGAAGCCAACCAUGGGCCCAGCCCUGAAAACCCAGACAAGUACUACGGGACCUUCUCUUCCUCAGGAGACCGACCGACUGGGCGCCAGGACUCUCGGUCACACAGAGAAGGCCCUUCUCACCACCGCCCUUCGUAGUCCGAGGGAAAGGCACUUCUGAGAGCCCCCGAGGGUCGCGGACCGCUGUCAGCCCGGGUCGGGCCCCAGCUCGGCUGGUCUGCCUGCUGGGGGCGGCAGCUGCUGACUUGCAUUCUGGGCCCUCGCCUCGCGUUUGGGAGACCUGGAUUUAGCCCUGGCUUCAGCCUGGCCAGCGUCGGGCUGUUGUGGGCGUCUGGGGGAUGAAGCGCUGGCUGGGAGAUCUGUCUGCUUUUCAAAUAAACAGAAUAAAAAAUUUAAAAGAGAAGGCAAACGUGAAGGUUACAUGUAUACAUGUGAAGAAGGAGCAUGUAUAGUUCUGGGUUCUUUCCUCUGCUUACGUUGACUCCGCUUUUUCAUUUAGAGAAACUAAGGGGCCGGCGCUGUGGCGCAGCGGGUAAAGCCUCUGCCUGCAGCGCCGGCUUCCCAUGUGGGCGCCGGUUCCACCCCCAGCUGCUCCUCUUCCGAGCCAGCUCCCUGCUGGUGCACCUGGGAAAAGCAGAGGAAGACGGCCCAAGUGUUUGGGCCUCUACACCCACAUGGGAGAUGUGGAUGAAGCUCCUGGCUUUGGCCUGGCUCAGCUCCGGCCAUUGCAGACAUUUGGGGCAUGAACCAGUGGAUGGAAGCUCAAAUUCUGCCUUUCAAAUAAAUUUUAAAAAAUUAAAAAUCGGACAAA